CCACUGUGGUAAACACGUCAGGAGGGUAUCUGAGUCACAACAAAACGGAUUGACUGAGGAUGUUUUGCUUCUUGGAUUCAAGAAUACGCAAUUGCAAUUACCUAUUGGACUGACAGCAAAUACGACUUCGAUCAAUAUUUAAUACAAGGUAGCAGAAUGCUUUUCUUUCGAUAACUAAAUAUUACAAAAAUACCUAAUGCUACCUAGUAUUGAAAAAUAACAGGAGUUAGUCCAAAUAGCUAUAGCUUGCAUGUUGUCAGUUUUUUAUUAGAGAGCCAGGAUUGUUUGGUUUGGAACAAGUGGAGACUGUGAAGGAAGUGUGCUCGGUAUCGGUGUGGCCUGCUUGUCCGAAGAGCUGUUCGGGCAGUGGCGGGGCGCAAAGUGGUGUGGAGAAAACUGGGAUAAAAACAAAUACUAAGGAACAGGGACUUGCACUGACUGGUUUAUAUCGAGCAGUUUCAUGUGCUGCGUUUUGCGACAUGGGUUUAGCUGCAGUUUGGUGGAGUUUGCGGACGUUGUUUGCAGCUAGCUAGACUUCAGAUUUCGCAAGCGAUUGUGUAACGCUCCACGAAGAAUUCCAGAACGACACAUUAACAGUUCUGGAUGCUGAAGCUUGUACAAAAAAAAUAUUAGCCUACCUGUCGCUGCGUUAGUGAAGAUUGGAGACUAACAACAUUUCCCCAUUAUAACUGACACUAAGGUAACUAAGUAAACACUGGGUGGUGACGCUUAUUUUAAAGGGAGAGACCGAGCCUAGUGUCAUAUUUUGUACCUCCUGUUUGUCAGAAAGGCGUUUGUUUAGUCCGCACGUCUGACAGUAAAUGCUAUGUUUUGGAAUUAUUUGUAGCUAUAUAUUUUCAGUCAACAGAUGAACGAGCAUUAUAUAUAGUAAUAUACACAAAAUUACCACACAGUUGUAUCCUUUAAGUAACUAAGUUGUUGUAUCAAAACAAAAGAAAGCCAUGGAAGAAGAUAUGGUAGCCCAUAUUGACCCAGACUUUGAACCUCAGAGUCGACCGAGGUCGUGCACAUGGCCGCUACAUAGGCCCGACAUUCCCAUGGUCGCUCAUGAGGGGACAGACGGCGAGAAAUCGACCUCAAGGGCUCCACCAGUCGAAGAUAAAGGGGAACUGUCACAAUUCCUGACCGAACCCGAAAAAGGGCAUGCUUCAGGGGCCACGCAACGAAAGGGCACCUCUAGGCGCAAUGCUUGGGGGAAUCAGUCGUAUGCAGACCUGAUCAGCCAGGCCAUCGAAAACUCUCCGGAAAAGCGCCUCACCUUGGCCCAGAUAUAUGACAGGAUUGUCAACACUGUGCCAUACUUCAAAGAUAAAGGAGACAGCAACAGUUCAGCUGGAUGGAAGAACUCAAUCCGUCACAACCUUUCCCUACACAAUAAGUUCCUACGAGUCAACAAUGAGACGGCCGGUCAGAGCUCCUGGUGGAUGCUAAACCCUGAGGGGUCAAAGGGCACGAAGCCACCACGCCGACGUGCAGUCUCCAUGGACAACAGCAGCAAGCUUCUUAAGAGCCGCAUGCGUGCCAGGCAGACCAAAAAGCAGGCUGGGAUGGCGGGGCCAGGAGAAGCGGGCGUCUCUAUCCCAGCAGAUGGCGCUGUGGACAGCCCCGGUACCUCACAGCAGUUCUCUAAUUGGGAGGUGCAGGGCAGCAACAUCCUGUCCCACAGCAACAUGGAAGACCUCGACGCGUGGACCAGCAUCCGACCCCGCUCCAGCUCCAACGCCAGCACGCUCAGCACGCUCAUGCCGGAGCAGGGAGACGAAGACCAGCUGCCGGAGGACGGGUUGUUUGGGGACUACUCAGCGGGUGGCGUGCCUUCCACCCUCACUGAGGCGCUCAUGGAGGAACUGGACCUUAUUGAUGGAUUGACACUGAUGGCUGGACAGAGUAUAGGGGUCAGUUCCGGGCCUGCGCCCCAGGCCCCUCCCAAACCCCUACACUCCUCUGCAGCCACCCGGCCACCCCAGGUCACCAGCUUUACAUCCUUCUCAUCACUACAGACCCCCAAGAUCCCAGACCCUCCCUCCUCUCCGACCGAUGCGCUGUCUUCCAUCACACGGCGUGCUGGAUCCAACUCCAGCUUUGGCAAUGCUCUCUUUAGCCCCCUGACCAGCGGCAGCUCUCAGGAGGCCCGCUUCAGGGCCCAUGUGCCUUCCGCUCUGGAAGCGCUGCUCACUUCCGACUCGCCCCCACCCUGUGAUAUAACAAUGACUCUGACAGACCCACUCAUGCCCAGCCAUGAAGGGGCAGGGCCGCUAGGUCCGGGGGUGAAGAAUGUCAAGCCAAACUCAGUGACCACCACAACCCUGCAGCCGCGACAGCCAUCCCAGUCGCAUUUGGGUACAUCGGUACCAGGUCAGUCCCAGGAUGCCACUCUGCUGACAGCAGUAAAGACCCAGUUUACUCCAAGCCCCAGUGGUCGAAGUGGGGAGAUGCUUUUUGGAGACAAGGUAUCUCCAGCGAGUGGGAGUGCAGGCUCUAAUGAGAUGGGACUACUUGGGGGCCUGAGUUGCUUUGCGUCCAGCCAGGACAGGCUGCCUGCUGAUCUGGACUUGGACAUAUUCCCAGAAAACAUGGACUGGGAUGUGGACUCCUUCAUCAACAGUGACUUCAUGGAUGGAGAAGGCUUCGACUUUAAUUUCGACCUUAUGGUGCCCACCGGCCAAGGUUACCCAGGCCCGACUACCACUCAGGCAUCACCCCGCAGCUGGGUGCCCAGUUAAACUGGCAUUACCUAUGCAGCUGGAUCCAGGUAACUCAGAAUCAGUAAGAUGAUAAUGUUGAAGCUAAUCACAUUAUAACCAGUAAAACGGCACAACACAUAUGUUAUGCAUGCAUCCCUUAACACUCAACUACAAAGAUACUGUAAAUUAUACUCAGAGUGCAUUGAGUGUCAUUGAUCCCACCCCACCUCCCCUAAAAAUCAACUCUUUCUCUCUCCGAUUUCACCAUUCCGGAUCCCUUUUUCCUGAUCAUACAUAUCAAAAUAUAAAGAAUUAAAUAUAGGCCUAUUGAAUUUUGGCAUUUCUUUUUUGCAGGAGACACUUCCCUACACAUGCUGUACCUUUGAAAUUCAUGUUCUGUUUAAUAAUGGGUAUUUUACAAACUUAUUUUUGAAUAUGCAGAGUGAAGUGCAGACAGUGCCCUGGCAAUGUACCAAAGAGAAAGAAGGGGUGUAGAAUUAAGGGAAUUUAUUAAAAUUCUUAAGUAGCUAUAUUGAAUGAUUUGACAAGUUUGAUAGCAGUAAUGAAAAAAUCUAGAAAAGUUUAGCAAAACAGUGAUGAUUAUACACACGUACACGCACACACGUGUGUGUUAUCCUCACUACUAGUCUCCUGUUCUCUUAUGCAGCUUUUGUUAAAAAUAACGAGGUAGAUGAUGCAAGCAGAAUAGACACUCUGACCACUCCUAUUAGUCAUGAAACAGCAGACUUUGAUCAGAAUACGUGAUCAGAAUCUCUGGCACUGGGACAGAGAAGUCUUCCUUAUUCCCUCAGAAUUCAGAUAGGCUACAUGGAGUGGGAUUUAAAGAUGUAUGACAAAAAUUAUCAUAUUUUGAUAAUUGCUCAAAAAACCAAAGAGUAUGCAAAAUCCUAUGGUAGUGGUCAUUUGAAAACUACACUCCUUUUGCAAAAAUGUAAUGGCCUUUAUUUUUUUAACAAAUCGUCAUGUCUGUUUAUUGGGCUACCAAUGUGACCUUGAAGUGAAUAUCAGAACGGAACAGGCAUGUGUGCAUCAGACCUCCAGGACCACCAGGUCCCCCAUUUGGAAAUCACAUACAGUGGUGGUGUACAGCAUGAAGAAGGCUCACUAACCUUCAGUUUGCUUCCGGUGUGAACAGAAACAUUUAGCAUUUAUGUCAAAAUGCAGAUGCUCUUCACAUCACUUGUCAGCUUGUUUAUAUUUGAUGUUAUGUUUGAUGUAUUUCCACACAACAAUUUCUAAAUGAGUUAGAAGUUAUUUGUUCUAAUAUGAAGACAUUUUGUGGGGGAAAUUUGUAAAGGGGACAGUCUUGGGCAAUGCUCUUUUCCUCAACGUUGACAAGCUAUGACAAGCUAUCUGGUUGGUAAGUGUUCUUAUGACAUGAGGCAAUCCUCCAUUAAGGUUGUGAAAGUAUGUGCUGGACUGUAUGACUCUGAACAUGCAGAAGAGUGGUUGAAUCAUAGAAACCCAGGAAUCUACAGUAUUUGGUAGAAAACAUGAGGCUUAGUCAUUUCAACAUACAGUGCCAUGAAAAUGUAUUUCCCCCCUUCCAGAUUUCCUCUGUUGCAUAUUUGUCACACUGAAUGGUUUCAGAUCUUAAGAGAAAACGUAAUGUUAGACAAAGGGAACCAGAAUAAAUACAAAUCACAUUUCUAAUGUUAUUAUUUAAUUUAUUUAAUCUAAAAAGUUAUCAAGCACCCAUAUUACCCAUGUGAAAAACUAAUUGCCCUAUUAGUUGCUUAAUCAACCAAUUAACCAAAUUUAAUAGAUGAUUACUGUAGAUUCCACUGAUUGAACACAGCCAGGCUUGAUUUCAGCCGGCCCUCUUGAAUCUGAACCUCAGUCAUAUUGAACAUUGCCAUCACAGUUAAGCAGUUACCACAAAGUUUCUAAAAGCAUGCUGUGCCACAAUCAAAGAAAAUUCCAGAAGAGAUGGGGAAAAAAGCUUCCAAAUGGAGAACACUUGGAACAGUGGUGAAUCUUUCCAAAGGCAGUGACAACUCAGGAUGUCACAAAAAAUUUAAUAAGAACAUCCAAAGAACUAUAGGCCUCUAGACUCAGCUAAGGUUGGGUGGUCAUGACUACACUCCACAAAAAUGGGAUCCAUGGGAGGGUAGGUAGUGCGGAAACCACUGCUAACCAAGAGAAAUAUCAAUGCUCAUUUUACAUUUGCAAAAAAAAAAAGCACCUGGAUCUCCAAGCUUUUUGGGAUAAUGUAAUAUGGACAGAUGAGUCAAAAGUGGAAUUUUUUGCUUGACAUGCAUCCCAUUAUGUCUGGCAUAAAGCAAAUGCAGCAUUUCACAGUAAGAACAUCAUACCAACCGUUAAACAUGGUGGUAAAAGGUAUAUUUUUGUAAUGCAUAAUGUUUAAAUGUUUUGUAUGAAAGCAUGAUCAAAGGUACAGUUUAUUUUGAACAUUUUGCUGAAGUAAAUGAAAAGUGGGCAGCUUUGAUGGAUGUUUACAGUUUAGGGGGUGAUAAAAAUAUGUAUUUUAAUAAUUUGCUUACGUAUUCAGCCAUUUUCUUUUGUUUUGAAUAUUUAUACAUUUAAAUACUCAAAGGUGUUGAUUACAUUAAAAAACCUUUUAGUUGAUAUAUCUUGUUUCUUAUUAAUAAACCUGAAUGCUGGGGAGUUUUACGUUAUGAGUCCAUUCCAUUCAUAAGGUUUCAGGCCUUACAUUUCAUUUUGGUAUAUUGUAAAACAAAUAUAUGCCUAUUCUCAGUAACUCAGGAGUUUUGUGUGUGGAUAUUGAUUGCAAAUUGGUUUGCAAGCCCAAUACCAACAUGGAUGACUGUUAUUUUCCCAGUACCAAAAUGGACGACUGGUAUUUGCUGCCAAGAACAUCUGGGAACGUAAACCAUUUUUAAAGUAAUACCUUAUGAAAUUGUACCAUGUACAUAAAAAAAGCUGAAGCUUCUUACUAUCACUCCAUUUUUUAAAUGAAAGUAGAAUUUUGUUUAGUUAACUUCACCUGUUUAUGUAGUAGAAUUAACUUUCUCACUUAAUGAGUUUUGCUUUUCAUUUGAAAAGUGGUACAUUGUAGUCUCUCCUUAAAUGAAAAUGAUCUGUUUUGCUGUGUCAUUUCUGUACUUGAGAUCGAUGUUAUGUUUUGUUUUUCUGUUUCACUUUGGGAAAGGGCUGGGCAAAUGUAUGUAAUUGAUUCCUUUGAUAAAUUCAGAUUGCUUUUUGUAUUAUAUUUUCAUAUGAAAUUUACAUAAUUACCACAGUGUCAGAUUUCCAGAUUUUGUAAAUAAACAGAAAUUUUCAGCACA